ACCUACACUCCUCCUCCUUCUCCACCCAAGGACAACAACCUCAACAACCAACACCAUGUGUGGCUACUACGGAAACUACUAUGGUGGCCGUGGCUAUGGAUGCUGUGGCUACGGAGGCCUGGGCUAUGGCUAUGGAGGCCUGGGCUGUGGCCUUGGCUCCUACUAUGGCUGUGGCUACCGCAGACUGGGCUGUGGCUAUGGCUGUGGCUAUGGCUAUGGUUCACGCUCUCUCUGUGGCUGUGGCUAUGGCUAUGGAUCUGGCUAUGGCUCUGGCUUUGGCUACUACUACUGAGGAUACCAAAGGAGACUCUCACCCUCAACAACAUUCAACAGUUCUGAACCCCAGGAAUUCUAAGCCUCAUACUUAGAGGAUGAUUAUCUCACAUCACCAGUUUCUGUUUUGACCUUCCUGUGUGUCCAGUGGUCUCUGCAAGUGAUGCUACAAACUUCUGGCUUUAACUCCCCCAAAUUAAGAGAAUUUGAACUUUAUCCUGUGAACUCUGUAUGGUCUCUCAACAAGAUGAUGCUGUCACAGUCCCCGCCUUUUGUUUGCACAGAUUUUCUGCUUUCCUAAUAAACUCAUUCAAUCAGAUACAAA